AGCCCUAGUACCGUCUCGACCUCUCCAGCCCAGUCUGUCUGUGUACUCGCACGGAAAACCUGCCGGUAAAAGUUUAGUAUUGUGUUCCCCAAACUAUCUAAAGCUGGUCCCCGCUUCCCCCCACCAGGCGCCAUUUUGAGAUCUGAACUCGCCCAGAAACCAUACAGCUCUUCAUUAAAGAUAUAUAUUUCUGUUUUUACCAACUGACAUUCUUCAGAAAAUAGUUAAGUAAACAAUAAGAUCACGUGUGAUUGAAUUCGGUGAAAAUAUGUGAAUUAUAUGAAGUGCAAGCAGCAUAGUUCUAUUGAUUGUUUAAAGGAGAGAGAUUAAGAUGGGGACGGAGAAGUUUUGUCUCAAGUGGAAUGACUUUGAAAGUAAUAUAAGUCUCGCAUUCCGAGAAAUCCGUGAUGAAAAAGACUUUUUUGACGUAACUCUGGCAUGUGAUGAUGAUCAGCUUCAGGCCCACAAGGUGAUACUGAGUGCCUGCAGUCCAUUCUUUAGAAACAUCCUGAAAAGAAAUCCACACCAGCAUCCGCUCUUGUACCUGAAAGGAGUCAAGUACUCUGAUCUACAAUCAGUUUUAAACUUCAUGUAUCAUGGUGAAGUUAAUGUUGCUCAGGAUGAACUCAACUCUUUCCUCGCAGUUGCUGAAGAACUCAGAGUCAAGGGUCUCACACAGAACAACUCUGGUUCUACUAAGAAGGAAAACUCUGCUCCCAAGUCCCCUCCAUCCAAAUCUAGAGCUUCCGAGUCCGCUGCCCCUGCUCCAAAGCGUCCUCGGCCCAAUCCUCCCGCCCCCGCAUUCAUUCAAGACGACGACAUUCAGGAAGUAGUUCCUGUGAAAAGUGAACCUCGUGAUAUCGCCUCUGUACCAUCCGACCCGUAUUCUAACAACACCGCCAUUGCCACCUCGAACCAGCAUCAGCUGCAGACCGAAGAGGACGCGUAUGAGGAUAAUUACGAAGAUUACGAAGGAUAUGACCAAAGCUACGAUUCAACGAUGAUGGACCCGAACAUGACUGGAGACGGCAAUAAAGGGAUGUUGCGAACUUUUGGUGAUUUCGAUAUUUAUAUCGAACGCAGUGGGCUCGGGGCUCUAAACCCUUGGAUCUGUUCAAUCUGUCGAACCUUUUCACACAAAUCUAAAUACAAUGUUCAAAAUCAUGUCGAGUCAAAACAUUUUCCCAAAUCCUUUGUUUACAACUGUAAAUACUGUAGCGAAGUCAGCUUUAUGCCGAACAAUUUGGAUUUUCUGGACGGGUACAUAGAACGACGGUUAGAAGAGGGGCGUCAGUUGUACACAUGUACACUUUGCAACAAACCACAUCGACAGAAACCUCACGCUCAAAACCAUGUAGAGGCCAAACAUUUCCCGAAUAGAUUUGUUUACACCUGUCCUCACUGCUCGGAGACAUUCAACGGCAGAAACAAAUAUUAUGUACAUAUGUCAAAAUUUCAUAAAUCAUAAACAGUA